AUGCCUAUGAUCUUUUCAGAACACAUGGAGCACUACGAUCUCGAAACCAUCUUCCCUUACCGUCCGGGUGUUAUCCCUCCCUAUCAGCGGAUAGAGGUUGAGUAUGUACAAGAUCCAUUUCAUUUUCGGUAUCCCAUUUCCCACUCCCCCAUCGUUGCCAUCCACUGCCUCAACAUUGAGGCCAAGUACCAUCUGCACAAAGACACCUGGUGCUACUCUAGCAAGUUAUGGCCCAGAGAUAUCCUUCCCAGCUGCUAUGAGAAACGUUGUCGAGUCAUGUUCUUCUCCUGGAAUAAUGGGCUCGCCGUAACUGAAGAAGAGUCGCGCUUCGUCAAACACGGAGAUCGUCUUCUCCGACUGCUCAUGGAGAACCGGCUAGAAGAUCCUACUCGGCCGAUCGUCUUCCUCUGCCACGGCGUUGGCGGACUGAUUGUCAAGGAGGCGCUGGCCAAGGCCCAUCUGGACAAGACGGGCACCAUUCACAUCAUUGAUCAGUGCACCCGUAUGCUGGCCUUCUUCAACACGCCUCACCACAACGUGGCCAAGUCUGUGCGAAACAUUGCCAGCGCUGCCGUCAAUCCCACGGCUCCUGAAGUCCUCGACAAGCUGGACAAGGCAUGCGAAGAGCACAUUGAGCGCAUGGCGGCUAUGGAGGAGAGGGGCCGCCUCUACCGCAGACGCGUCAUCAUCAACUUUCACGGCAGCAGCCUCUACCGCGGCAAGCUUCUUGUCGAGAAGGAAGAUGCCAUAAUCAACGCCAGACCAGAAUAUUGGGAAAAGUACUUCCCCGUCUAUGGCGACCACACCUCCAUGUGCAGGUAUCCCAGCAGCGAGGAUAUCACCUGCGAGACUGUGCUGAAAACCAUUGGCCUCAACACAUAUCUUGCUCUUCGGCGAAGUUUCGCUUUUGAAGGCUACAUUGUCCUCCCCAACAGCGAAUGGAGCGCCCACUAA